CCUCAAACAAGAUUCAGUUGAAGCAAAAUUUGGUUUACGGAAAUCAUUCCCACAAAUUUCCACGAACUUGGUACCAUUUUAAAAAAAAAAAUUACCUUCCUGCACCUCAGCUUAUACUUUAUACCUACUUAGUCCAUCAAAACUUUCAAAAUAUUUCAGUUUUAUAAACCUUAAAAAACAGAAGUCGACGAUUUAAUUUAAUGGAAUUAUUCAUUCAAGAUUUCAUCUCAUCAAACAACUACGAUGACUUGAAACAGGAGGACAUUCUAGAACGUCGUAUCUCGCCAUACGCCACUCUUCGUCCCGGGGAUUUGGCUGCACUGUUAAAGUUAUCGACUGUACCCAUACCCUUGUCAUCGUAUGCUCAUGGUUCAGGUAGUAACAACCACAGCCAACGUCCUUCCAUCAAUACCAUAUUUGAGAAGAAACGAACUACAUCAACAGGAGACAGCGAUGACGAGAAGAAUGAGGAGUGUGUUGACGUCGUUUGCAACGCAGCCGACAACGGUCAUGUGCCAACCCUGUAUGUUGUUAAAAACAUCAAACAACACGAGAUGCCCGUGAUUGGUUUCUUUGUGGACAAGAGAAUAUGUCCUGGCUUCAGGUACAAGGUACGACGGGUCAACUCUGAAAAGUUCUUCUGGAACAAUGAGGCCAGGUGCCUGGAAUCAAUCGGCACGGGGUACGGGGCUCGACUGACCUUCUCUGGCGACAAGCUGAACUACAAUGAGAACUACUUUUGGUCUGACAGUAACCCUGAGGGGUUUGCUUUCAGUAUUCAGGCUGUGGAUGUUGGUCAGAAGUUCCUGGUGCAGGACAGUGCUGACACUGUGGUUGGAGAAGCUGUGGUGGAGCGGUUCCAUGGAGCCCAAGCUGAAACGUCCAUGUCUUCCUGUAGGUCAGGGGUCACCAAGCAUGUCUCAGUCACCAUGACCUGUAAGGUCACCUACUACCAACGGCACCACCAUGGACUCAAAGAACUGUGGCGCCACACUAACGAGGAAACUGUUUCUGGGGAGGCUGUUCUUCAUAGGCCCAAGGCGUCCCGCAAAGCUAGCUUGACCGCCAUCAACAAAGUUUAUCUGCCUCGUGUUGGACAGUGCUCCCUCCUGCCUGACUGUUAAUUCUGUACAUUUGUAAAUAUUCUCUCUAUAACGAUAAGCACAGUAUUUAGGUCACUUGUGUGAUUCUAACAUACAUUGUGUGUAUCACACAGUAUUUAAAUCUGAUUUCAUGAUUUUAAAUUGCUGUGUGAAGCUACAAGAUUUUAUAUUUGAUGUAAACUUAAGCUUUCAGUGGUAUUUUAAUUGGCUAGUAGGCUCUCUUAAUGUAUGGAUGUUUCAGAAGGGUACAAGGUUGAUUUGUAUGUGUACAUGUAGUUCAUUAGUGACUUGAUUGAGAUGUGAUUGAGUGAGGUACGAUUGAAAUUUUACUGCUGCCAUUUAAAAUUCAGUAUUACAAAGCUGAGAUUAAAUACUUAUACAAGA